AUGGACGACCAACUCGAACUUCCAACUAGCAUCGUUCCAAAAGACCAGCAAGACGACGAUGGCGAGUCUUCGGGGGACGAAGGUAUGCCUGACUGGACAAAUAUCCCUGGUGUGCGCGGUCUCUCCCGAGCGGUGAUCCCCAAGCGAGGAGAAAAGGAAUUCGAGCCAGCUGCAGGAGGGACAACUGCGCUACAGUCGCACGUUCUCAACAAAUCCCGAAAUGCCAUGCUUAGCGCAUUAAAGGGAUCUCGAGGGGCUGGCAGCAAGACAAUGUCAUAUGCUGUAUGGUAUCCGAAACUUGGGAGAGCACAUGUCACAGUGGCACGAGGUACCCACUUUUCGACGCUAGGCCAUUCAGCUCUUCGAGAGCCAGCACCCGGAUCUGGUUCGACAAAGGCCCAAAAACGUUUAGAACUCAUGCCGGAGGAAACUCUAUACCUCAUGGAGAGAGGCUCAUUAUUCUGUUGGAAGGAGAGCGAGAUUUCGCCGUCUAUGCAAGAUGAGCCUAGCUUGGAAUUUGAUGAUUGCGAUUUAUCUAUCGGUGCCCCAAUGAGCGUACAACAGGGUUUCACCGAAAUGAUUGGUGUCGAUGGAUUGGAAGUACAACAUUAUCUCGUGUAUGCUUAUCUAAAGCGGCUAGGUUACACUGUUAGCCGCUCUUCUGCACCCAUCAAUACACCACUCUACCCACUAGCACCACCCAACAACACCGACACUAUCAAGCUCUCGCAUAAAUUGCGAGCAUACAUAAUCUCUAUGUUUCAAGGCCUGCUGUCGCCUCUUGCACGGAUUCGGUCAAAAUUAGGUUCAAUCUUCUUCGAUUACCAUGGCGCAUCGAUAGGAGGAAUGAUCGGUCUGAUGCCUUAUUCGUAUGCCAGCGGCUCAAUAUUCCAAUCGCUACGGACAAUGGUAUCUGGCCAUGGCAUUCCCCUCCCCCGGAAAAAGCAUAGGGCAUUCUCCGAAAAUGAUACCGCCUUCAAGGUUUUUUGGAAUGUUUGGAAACCAAGCACUUCAUGGCGGAAACUUGAUGUUCCAAAGCCGGAUUUUGAGAUUGCUGUCGUCGAUGCCCGGAAAACUCCUGUGCCUGAUAUCUACCAACUGACUGAAAUGUUCGCGUCUGCUGAGCCACGGCCACCGCCCCCGCCUCGCAAGCGUGGUCCUCCGAAUGUCAAAGCCGCACCCCAGUCAUCUCAACAAAAAACUCCACCACGACCCAAGAAAGCAAAUGAAGCAGUUCUUUCCAAUCUAUGGGACCGAAUAUGCCAAACCAUCGGACUCACUUCUUCUGGCCCAAUACAAAGGCCGAACCCAUUUGUGCACUUGAAGGCCGGUCGGAAAAGUGUUAUUGUGGCUGCGGUCGACGGAAGCAUGAUCAGCCUUGUGCGAUUUGGAGAAGGGGACUUCUCCUCUUGGCCCAUGGUGUAG